AUAAACCAAUGAGUUUCGUCUUGUCGAUCUUCAUUAUCGAAGUUUCCCAAUAACGAUUAUUUUGCGCCACCUAUUAAACUUCAUUAUUCUGCAUAGUUUAUUUGCUGUGUAAAAAUUCAAGUGUAUCUUAGACAAUUGGAAUCCCAGCAAUAAACCCAAAUUACAAGCCAAGAUUUGUAAAUGAGCUCGCUUUCUCUCUUUGAGAAACUGGCCUCCAUCGUUUUUGGUUGACGGAUUGAGAUCUAUAGCUUUUUAAUUUUGAGCUCAACUUUGUCUUGGGGCUGAAAAAUGGUGGGGAUUUUCUCAAGAUUUUCUGCCAGGGGUAACCAUCGCCGCUCUCAGAGUUCUCUUGAUGAAAGGGGGAGAGUAUUGCCUUCUAGCACAGAUGCUACAACCACUGCUAUCUUGUCGACAGCUACGUCUGCUACCCCCCAUGGGAUUGAACUAGCAGUCGAGUUUAAGCCCGUUGAACAUCCAAGUGAGCCUCUUGACAGUGACGAGCCGAUCCUGUGUCCACAACCCGAGCCUUCGAUUCUUAAUGAUGGAAGGAUCUGGAAGGAAAGAGCAUCGUCAGGUGUAUCCCGGAGGGGGGAGACGCCGGUUUUGGAGGAUCAGAUGGCCAUGGAACCCGAGAUUCCAAGACCAAAACCCCGGCCUGCUGGACGCAUUAUGCCGUCAAUGAGUGCCCCGGAACACAGCAUCCUCAAACUGCUCGAAGAGUGUAAUGCAUCUGGAAUAAGCUUCAACACCUGAUCAGUAUCAAGAUUUGAUAUUAUUUUUUUGUAUAAAAACCCUACCUUAUACUGUUCGAUUGGUAAAUGUUGAACUUGGAAAAGUGUGCUUGUGUAAGUCUCUUUAUUAGAGGUAGUAUAGUUUUAUCUUAUGAGUUUGGUCA